AUGUUCAAAUACGCCGUUGCUCUCUUCGCUCUCAUCGCUUGCGCUGCUGCUAAACCCGGCAUCCUGGCUGCUGCUCCUUUGACUUAUGCCGCACCUGCCGCUUUUGUUGCCGCUCCAGCUCCUGUGGUUACUGCCACCAGCAGCCAAGUGAUCGCCCGCAAUUACAAUGGUAUCGAUGCUGCUCCAGUUGUUACUGCUGUUCCACUUGCCGCUCCAGUUGUUGCUCGUUAUGCUGCCGCUGCUCCUUUAGCUGCUUUAGCGGCUCCAGCCGCCGUUGUUGCUGCACCAUCUCCUGUGGUGACUGCUACCAGCAGCCAAUUUGUUGCACGUAACCACAAUGGUAUUGCUGCCGCUCCCGUCAUAGCGCAAUAUGCUGCUGCUCCAGUUGUUGCUCGUUAUGCGGCUGCCGCUCCUCUGGCCAGCCCAUUUGCUGCGCAUUACGCCGCUGCUCCUCUUCUUUG